AGUGUGCGCUCACUGUUCGCGGCACGAACAAUAAAGGAUACGAAGAUUUUUUUUUGUUAAAUUUUUCCUCUUUAUCCGGAUAUAUACAUGAAAUGAAAAUUGUUGGAUAUUCAAGAUUGCUUUAUAAAAGAAUCUACGAUAAGUUUGUUUUAUUCGGUAAAAAGAACAAUUUCGAAUGACUAAACGCAAUUAGACGCCUCUCGCCAUUUAUCGCUCAUGAACCGUCUCGCUUUGCUGCUAUUUUUAGCUGUUAGAACUUUCUGCGAACAAGUAGACGUUCCGCAUACAGCCGGCUACGGUUAUGAAGUUAUAAGAUACCCUUUCUCUUGGAGCGAGGAAUUCUAUAUACACGAUUCGGAUAUAGGUCGUCGAGUGGAUAUUUCUCCUGAUGGAAUUGUUAGGAUUAUAGAAGAUAUAAGCCAUCUUAAAGGCGAAAGUUUUAAAGUUAUUAUUCGAAAAUCAUUGAAUGGUCGGAAUUGGUUCAAAGAGCUACAUAUAACAGUAAAGGAUGCUAGAUAUAUGCUAGUCUUCCCACAGACGGUGUACGCUGGUCAUAUUUACGAAAAUGAGCCCAGAAAUAGCCUUGUUGCUAACUUAGAGAACGUUUGCGCUUCUUAUCGUAAUCAAAAUGACGGAAUAAAGUAUGAACUGCUUAAAAAGGAUUCUCAUUCCUUUUUCUUACACAGAGAAAAUGGCUGCGUCUCAAUCAAAACAACAAAAUCUCUCGAUAGAGAGCAGAAAAAACUUUAUAAUUUUCAAAUAUUCGCUUAUCUAGAUGAAGAAGGCUUGGAGGCCUCUUCGGAUAUUAUCGUGGCUGUUGAUGAUGUAGAAGACAACGAACCAGUAUUUGAGAAGAGUGACUAUUAUCGAACCAUUCCCAAAAACCUUCCUAUUAAAAGUGAAAUCAUCACUGUGCGAGCAAAAGACGCUGAUGAUGUUAAAAUUUAUUAUUCCCUCAGACCUCAACAUUCUUUGUUUGAAAUAGACAGCUACACAGGUACUGUUCGCUUGGCACAGAAAGGAUUAACUAAAAAUGAGGAGUAUUUACUUUCCGUGCACGCCAGCACUGAUACUGGUCGAUCUAGCAGUACUUCCUAUAUCCAUCUUAAGGUAGCUAACGAAAAGAGAGAUCGUUCAAGAUCAAAACGAGGAACAAGAGAGAGAAAGACAAAGGUAAUAAGCGAAACUCAUGUUGGAGAAGUGAUUGAUUUAAGACCUACAAAUGCCGAAUUGGAGCAGUAUCAGUUUGUUGAGCCGAUUCCUAAAGAAUUUAGCAUUGAUCCCAUGACAGGAAAAAUAUCUGUUGAGAUUGACAAAAGAACCAAGAAAUCUUAUCUAGAUUAUGAAACAAAAAAAGCAAUCAAUUUCACCGUGAAAAUAUCUCAGAGGGGUGUACCUUCCAGUAAGUAA